AAAUAAAAAUUCAGGAGUUUGUUUCUUCAACGAGACAGUGUCGUUGGUUGUUGUGGAAUCUAACACAAUGGAAGUGGGAGGAAGAAGAUUCAAGAGCACAGAGACGAUGGCCGUUCAAUCGGUGACGCGUUCGGCACCUCCGCCGCGAUCAAAAGCAACCACCGCCUUUUUACAAAACCCCAAAACACCCUUCGCAGUCGCUCUACUCUUCGCCGAUGCCAUCCUCGUCUUUCUCAUCAUCGCAUUUGUCCCCUAUACAAAGAUCGAUUGGGAUGCUUACAUGUCACAGGUUCAGGGUUUUCUCCAAGGCGAGAGGGAUUACCGGAAUCUCAAGGGUGACACUGGUCCUCUUGUUUACCCUUCUGGUUUUCUUUACAUUUACUCUGCUUUCCAAUAUCUUACUGGAGGACAUGUUUUCCCUGCUCAGAUUCUGUUCGGCGUGUUGUAUAUCAUUAAUCUGGCAAUGGUUCUCUUCAUCUAUGUGAAGACUGAUGUGGUUCCAUGGUGGGCACUUUGCUUACUUUCUCUGUCGAAACGGGUGCAUUCUAUAUUCGUGCUUCGUCUCUUCAAUGAUUGUGUGGCCAUGACGCUUUUUCAUGCUGCAUUGCUCUUACUCAUGCACCAUAGGUGGAAUCUGGGUUUGAUUAUAUUUAGUGGGGCUGUUUCCGUAAAGAUGAAUGUGCUUCUUUAUGCUCCGCCUUUGUUGCUCCUCAUGCUGAAGGCUAUGGAUAUCAGCGGUGUAUUACUAGCAUUAGCUGGCGCAGCACUGGUUCAGAUAUUCUUGGGGCUUCCUUUUCUGGUUUCAUAUCCAGUUGCAUACAUAUCAAGAGCCUUCAAUCUUGGCCGUGUCUUCAUCCAUUUCUGGUCUGUUAACUUCAAAUUCAUCCCUGAACCAGUGUUUGUAUCCAAGGGAUUUGCGAUCUUUUUGUUGGCUGUUCACCUCAUAUCACUUGCUUUAUUUGCAAAUUAUAGAUGGUGCAAACAUGAAGGAGGGCUUCUCAACUUUUUGCAUUCACGGUAUGUCUUAACGAGACUGAGGUUUGCGCUUUUCUUCUCUUCCUCUUCUGAGAAGUUUGGCAAGAGCAGUUCAUCACUCAUCAAGAUCCUUACUAAAGAACAUAUUGUGACGACAAUGUUUGUUGGGAACUUCAUUGGCAUUGUAUGUGCUCGGUCGUUACAUUAUCAGUUCUAUUCAUGGUACUUCUAUAGCUUACCUUAUUUGUUGUGGAGAACGCGGUACCCAACGUUGAUGCGUUUGAUUUUGUUCGUGGGAGUGGAGCUUUGCUGGAAUAUCUAUCCUUCAAACAGCAUUUCAUCAGCGCUGCUUCUCUGCCUCCACUUAAUAAUUCUCUGGGGUUUGUGGUCUGCUCCACCUGAGUAUCCUUACGCAGAAAAUAAACCAUCCUUCCACAAACACAAAUAGAACUCCAUAGAUUUCUGAAAAAGGAUGAUUUUACCUUAUCACGACUUCCUUUGAUGUAAAUGUUUGUGAUGUAUCUUGGAGAGUUAAAAUAUUAACCAUACAUGACACAGCUCAAUGUUAUGAAUGCUGUAAUACUGUAGCAUUGUUUUUUUCCCGCAAGGAGUUAGCAUAAGAGAACAAGAUACGGGAUCAACUAUCAAGAUAGAUCUUGGUGCCUACAUUUUGAAUAGUUUUUCUCUUUUUCAA